UAUAGGCCUACAGUAGGUGGCGGUAAUACUCCUAAGGAGUGAACGGCCAUUGAACAAAAAGAAGAAGAAGAAGUGGUAAACUUCCGGGCAUGGCGGAGAAGAAAAUAGCCGUCCGUUCGCAGGAUCCCAACCAGCGGCGCGUGCUGGACAGCGCGACGCGCCAGCGCCGUUUAACCCGCCAGCUCGAUGCUCUCGAGAAAGACAACUUCCAGGACGACCCUCACGCGAGCCUCCCGCAGCUCGUCAAGCGGCUGCCGCAGUUCGACGAGAGCAACGAAUCCGGCAAGCGGAGGAAGAAGACAAGGGGUGAUCAUUUUAAACAGAGGUUCCGCAAAAACUUCCAGACUCUUCUGGAGGAGGAGGUAACGCAUGUCCCUCACUAUCUUCAAAAAGGUGUUAGUUUUUCAGGUGUUAGUGAGGGUCCAAACUAUCUGACGGCAUGUGCUGAGCCCUCCAAGUUCCCUCAGCGACAUUUCUGUGCGGUGUGCGGCUUCCCAUCAAACUACACUUGUGUGUCAUGUGGAGCUCGCUACUGCUGUGUCCGAUGUUUAGGAACACACCACGAGACCAGGUGUCUAAAGUGGACGGUAUGAUUUGUUCCUCCCAACUGAACUAUCAAAAUCAAAACAAGCUUAUGGGUCAAUCUGCACACUUACAAGUUCCUCAGACACAUCACAGUCAUUUGCCUGCACAAACAUAUUGAGGUAGAAAUCACUAGAAUAAUAUUUGAAUGUAUCUGCAUUGCUGUAAGGGUAGGUUUAGGGUUUAUAUCUUUAUACAACAAAUAGGGUGCACUAAAUUUGAAAUUUCACAUAAUAUGAAGAAGCAUAUAAAGUGUUUGUCUAAAAAUUAGGAGCUAUUCUAGUAUUGUAAUAAGAGUUAAUUCUAUGGCAAGCUUUGGCUUGUUCUUAAAUAGAGAAUGCAAGAGGAAAACUGCAAUUUAAGUGUUUUGGAGUAAAUGACCACAAUUGGCAGAAAGGAAGAACUCUAAUCUUACCGUUACAAAAGUUACAAAAUGUUUGUUAAAAAGCAAAAUGCCUAUACAGAGAUUUCUUUAUAAAAAUUAAAGGAACCUGGAAUUUUGUAAUUCAACACAAAGUAUUGCUUUUGUAUGUAAAUAUGUAUAAAUAAUUGUUUCUCUUACUGUUAUAAAAUGUUGUUGUCUGAAAUAAAUGACUGGAAGUGGUAAAAA